AUGAAAGUCGAAGCUGCAAAUGAGAAGUUGAGAAUUACUAAAACCGAAUUGGGAAGAACUAAAGCCGAACUCGACCAACUCCAACAGAACUUUGACUAUCUUAAGAAUAAUGCCGACACUGAUGCUGUUGAUAAGAAGAAACUCAAUAAAACUGUCAAUGAGAGCAAUAAGAAGAUUGAGGAACUGUGUGCCAAAGUCGACGAACUUUCUGAUGUUAUUACAAGAAGAGGACAAGAAGUUGCUGAAGCCAAUGAAGAAUAUGAAAUUGUCAAGAAAGACAAAUUUGUGAAAGAAAAAGAGGCAAAGAAGUUGAAAGCAGAAAACGAUGAAAUUAAAGAAGAGGUGAAGAACUUAGCGAAUGACAAAGACCAACUUUCUUCUGAAAAGAAGAAGCUUCAAGACCAAUAUGACCAACUCAUUAACUUGGUCUCUGGGCAUGAAGAUGAGACCAACAACUUGAAUGGUUCAAUCAAAAGGUUACAAAGACACUUAGAAGCAAAUAACAGUGAGUUGAUUGAGUUGAGAGACAGAACAGCUAAAGACAAGAAGAAAAUAGCCAAUUUGGAACAACAAAUACAAGACCUUGAAGAGAGACCAGUUGAGACUUCAAAUAUUGACCAAACUGAGGUCAUCAAGAGAGACAACCAAAUUGCUGAUUUGGAAAAGGCAGUUGCUGCUUUGAAAGAUCAGAACACUCAACUUGAUGCUAUUAAGGCACAUGAAGCACAAAAGAAGAUGGCUUUGGACGACAAAGCGGAUGAUGAGAAGACUGCCGCGGACCAAUCUGAUAGAAGAAAGAAGAUGGAAGACCAAGUCAAAGCACACAAUGCACAAGUCUCGUCGUUUAAAGUCCAAAUCAGUGCACCAGCUUCUGUUGUUCAAGAAGAAGAGAAGAACAUGUUGAAUGCAAGAAUUGCUGGAAUUCAAACUCAACUUGAUGAAGAAAGACAGAAGGUCUAUAGUGCAGAUGCUGCUCGAAAGGCUGCUGAGAGCAAAUUGCUGGAAACCAAUGAGUUGACCGUCCAAGUUCAUCAACUCACAGAGGAGAAGAAGAAGAAGAAGAAGAAUGAAAAUGAUUUAGAGGAAAUGGACAAGAUGAUCAACGACUUGAAUGCUGAAGUCGACAUGGCACAGAGACAACUUGACACUGCAAAUGAUGACAGAGAUUACGAGAAAGAUAUCGCUAAAAUCACAGUCAAAGCUGAAACUAUCGAGAAGAACGUCCAGAUGGCUGAACAAGAGAAGGUCAAGACUAUGAGAAAUAUUAAAACAGUUUCUGAAGAAUUGAUGAGAACAAAGACCGAACUCGACGAAAAACAAGACGAAUGCGACAAACUUGAAGACGACUUGUCUGAAAUGAAGACUGAAUUGGAGGCUCUUGAACAAGCUGCGAAGACUUAUAAACAGUCGAAGAACACCUAUGAGAAGAAAUUGACUGAGUUGAAUGAACAACUCGAUCUUGAAAGAACUACUGAUCAACAGGCUAAAGCACAGAAGAAGAAAUAUGUAGACAAACUCAGAGAAGUGAUGGAGAACGAAAACGAAUUUGGUGAAUAUAAGGAACAAGCCGAGAAGUCGAUUCACUCGUUAAUUGCUCAAAAGGCUGAUUUACAGAAGGAACUUGAGAAGGAGAGAGCUAUGAAACAAGAGGUCGACAAAGAAAUUCAAAGACUUGGAGCCAAAGUCAUUGAUUCAGAAGCUAAAUUGGUGGACGCUGGUGCUACUGGAGCUUCCAUUGCUAAAUUGAAAGCAAAAUAA